AUGUCAACCACACGAUUGACCUCGUCUGCUCGCGGACUCCGCAGAUCGCAGGCCUUUUGCCUUUCGCGACCCUUGUGCCAGCGCGCCUCUCUCUCAACAUCAGGACGUACAGGCCACCACGUUGCUUCUAGCACAUCGCUUAAGACAUUCAACGCAGGAGCCAAAUCGCGCCUAGCCCUCCCCCUCCGACCCAACGGCCUCAUCCGGAAUGUGUCGACAGGGCCAGGAGCUGCAGCUGAAACCUACGUCGCGUAUGGAAUGACCCAGAAGCUUUUUGAGGCCUGCUCCAGCCAAGCGGAUUACAAAGUUCCUCAAGCGUCUCAAAGGGGGGUCGAAGUCCCCACGACGGAAUCGGGGGAGCAUCUCGGUGUUAGUGAUAGUUGGUGGUAUCGAGAGCUUGGUCUUGUACCAACAUUUUCCACCUGGUCGCAGAUCACCUUCCUGCAUAUGUAUCUUUUGACCGUUCGACUACGUGCCCUCCCCACUCGUGACAGUGUUCAAACCUACUCUCGCCACCUCAUCGACCACUUCUCACACAAUGCUGAAAACCGCAUGGACGUCCUGCAUGAUCUGGGGAGCCGGUCUAUUCGUAACAAAUAUUUGAAAGAUCUCUUCAUCCAAUGGCGUGGGAUUAUUGCCGCAUAUGACGAGGGGCUGGCUAAGGGUGAUGCGGUGCUGGGCGCUGCUGUCUGGAGGAACUUGUGGAAGGCCAACUCAGUGGAUGCCGAUGGGAAUGACAUUGACUGGACUAAGGUUGCCUGGGUGGUGGCCUAUAUGCGACGAGUUCUGUCGGAACUAUCAAAGAUGCAAGAGGCGGACAUGGUUUUUGCGUUGAGUAAGGGAAGCACUCAGGAAUCGGGUAUUUUUGGGUAUUCACCCGCGGACAAGAGAAUGGCUGGAGGCAAUUAA